GGCCCCGCCCCCCCGUGACUGACACUUCACGGGAAUCUGAAAGAUCAGCUUCGGAGGGGAAAUACGCUGUUAACCAUCAACUUCAUCGUGUUGCGCUUUUAAUGUCACGACUUCGAAACCUAAACAUUAAAUGUGAUCUGGUGCAACAUGUCUAAAAGAAGAUGGUCCAACUUCCUAAAGCCAGUAACCUUUCCUGAGCCAUGCGAGGCCCCUGGGACACCAGGGAUCCAUGUUUACCUGUUCUCGAGUAAAGAUGGGGAGAGGUACCUGUCCCACACCAGCGGGGACGUCACAGCGGAGGAGCUGUGCAUCUCUGCUGCAGAGGCCGUGGGGAUAAUACCACUGUGCCAUGUGCUGUUUGCACUAUAUAACCCACUAACCUGCUGCUGGUACAGUCCAAACCAUGUUUUCCGUCCUGAAGAGAACUCCACCAUGGUACUUCAGUACUGCAUGAGGUUCUACUUUCGGAAUUGGCACGGACUGAACGAGAAGGGCCCACCGGUGUGCCGCCACACUCUCAAAUCUGACACCGAGAGGGCGGGCGCGCCUCUGCUGGAAUUCACAUCAUUGGGGUACCUGUUUGCCCAGGCUAAGCAUGAAUUUGUAAAUGAAGUGAUUCAGAUUAAAGACAUUGAGUCAGAAGAGGAAUUAAGUCGCUUCAAAAAUGAGAGCUUAGGAAUGGCUGUACUUCACCUCUCAUACCUCGCGGUGCAAACAGAGUCUUCCUUACAGGAAGUUGCUGGAAAAGUCAGCUUUCUGCAGUGCAUUCCAAGGUCUUUCGCCAAACACAUCUCCAGUAGUAAUUUUCUGACUAAAAUCAGAAUCAAGCGAGUGUUUGCAGAAUUCGUGCGGUCCUUCCAGCAUCACACUGUGGACAAGAGGAACCUGAGCACCCAGGAGAUCAUGUGUAAGUACAUCUCCACUCUUGAGCACUUGGCCCCGAGCUUUGGCACAGAGACUUUCCCCGUGACCCGCCUGGAACUGAGGGGGGAUGAGGACGAAAGCAGCUCUUACCCCAACACCCUCCACGGCGAGUGCGUCUCGAAAGACGGCUUCAUAGCUCCCGCCACGCACGAAAUAAUGGUCUCUGGCACCAAGGGCAUCCAGUGGAGGAAGGUGUGCGCUCAGAAGGCACAAGAAAACCCUUACCUCAGGAAUGACUAUCUGAACUACAUGAGGAGAACAAAACAGAAGUCCGGCCAAUCAAAUGAGAACACUCCGGAUAAAUGGACCUCCUUCUGCGAUUUCCCUGAAAUAACUCAUAUAGCCAUUACUGACGCUAAUGUGUGCAUUAGCACUCAGGACAAUUGCUGCAUGGAGGUACAGAUGAACUCCAGCCAGGGGGCCCGUUCCUUCAUCUCUCUCUUAGAUGGAUACUACCGACUGACUGCAGACGCCCACCACUAUCUUUGUCGUGAAGUGGCUCCCCCAAGGGUAGUGCUGAGUGAAGCGAAUCUACUGCAUGGACCUAUGAAUGAUGACUUUGUGAGACACAAGCUGAAAAGGGAGGCAGCAGAGGAGGGCGUUUUCCUCGUCCGUUGGAGCACCAUGGAAUAUAACCGCAUCAUCCUUGCUGUGCUAAACAAAAACGAGAAUGGAUUGGCGCCGGGCCACAAGCAGUUUCGCAUCUUGCAGAAGGGUUCGGUGUUCUCUAUGGAGGGCUGGGACCAGGAAUUCACCAGUGUGAAGGAGCUCACAGACAGCCUCAAGAACUUUGUGCUCAAGUCUGGAUCUGACAGCUUUACUGUCAAAAAAUGCUGUUUGCCAAAACAAGGAGAGAUAUCCAACCUACUAGUGAAAAGGCAAGAUGCUGAUCGUCGCGCUCGGUCUGAAUCCAUGUCUCUAAACCUGAGCCAGCUACGCUUUCACCAGAUCAAGGACAAAGAGAUCACGCAGCAAGUUCAUUUGGGUCGUGGCACCAGAACUAAUAUUUACUCCGGACGCCUGCUGGUGCGGGGAAGAGACAAUGAUGACGAUGUGGAGUUCAACAACAACUUCGCUAACCGCAAAGGCAUUCGAGUGGUGCUCAAGAUUCUUGAUCAAACCCAUAAAGAUAUUGCUCUAGCAUUUUUUGAAACUGCUAGUCUCAUGAGCCAGGUAUCCCACAGCCACCUGGUGUUUGUUCACGGCGUAUCUGUGAAAGGAUCUGAAAACAUCAUGGUAGAAGAAUAUGUGGAGUUUGGGCCUCUUGACGUUUUCCUCCGCAAAGAAAAGGCAUCCGUUACUGCGCAGUGGAAAUUCAUCGUUGCAAAACAGCUCGCCAGUGCCCUCAGUUAUCUUGAGAAUAAACGGCUGGUUCAUGGAAACGUCUGUGCCAAAAACAUUCUGGUAGCGCGCUGUGGUCUAGAAUGUGGCACCACUCCUUUUGUCAAGCUGAGCGACCCGGGAAUUGCCCUGAAUGCCCUCACACGGGAAGAGCGUUUGGACCGUAUCCCGUGGAUCGCCCCCGAGUGCAUUGACAGCGUAGCACCGACUGGCAGCGCUGCUGACCAGUGGAGUUUUGGUGUGACGUUACUCGAAAUCUGCAACAACGGUGAUCUUCCCAUGAGUGGCAGCACGCUGUCUGAAAAAGAGCGCUUCUAUCAGCAAAAGGGCUGCCUCGCUGCACCGUCAUCCCAGGAGCUGGCCAGGUUCAUCAGCAUGUGUUUGACCUAUGAGGCCGAGGAGAGGCCGUCUUUCCGCACUAUUCUCCGAGAGCUCACAGAACUCAUGCUAAAAGGUCAGAGUUUUACCUGCCAGUGUUACUUUCUCUUUGUUUCAACCAAUUUCAGUGCAAUUAAUUAUCAGAUUUUUUUUUUUUUUUCAUGUAUUCUUCUAACAGACCCAGUUAUACCGCUGAGCGACACUCUCCCACAAACAGACCCGAGCGUGUUCCAGAAACGCUACCUGAAAAAGAUACGGGACUUGGGAGAAGGUCACUUUGGGAAGGUAACUCUGUACACGUAUGACCCAGCCAACGAUGACACUGGAGAGAUGGUGGCUGUGAAGGCCCUGAAGCAGGACAACGGUACAGUACCAGACGGCUGGAUGAAGGAGAUUGAGAUCCUGAAGUCCCUCUAUCACUCCAACAUUGUCAAGUACAAGGGCUGUUGCACUGAGCCAGGGAGACGAGAGGUCCAGCUGAUAAUGGAGUACGUUCCCCUGGGGAGUCUGCGAGAGUACCUUCCCAAAAAUAAAAUCAGUACGCCCCAGUGCCUCAUGUUUGCUCAGCAGAUCUGCCAGGGGAUGGAGUACUUGCACUCAAAGCGCUACGUGCAUCGAGAUCUAGCUGCCCGCAACGUCUUAGUGGAAAACACCAGCUUGGUGAAGAUUGGAGACUUUGGUCUGACAAAGUACAUCCCCGAAGGCGAGAUCUACUAUCGUGUCCGUGAGGAUGGAGACAGUCCAGUAUUCUGGUAUGCCAUUGAGUGCUUGAAGGAGUAUAAAUUUUCUUUUGCCUCGGACAUUUGGUCCUUUGGUGUUACGCUGUAUGAGAUCCUGACCCGCUGUAACAGUCGCCAAAGCCCGCCAACAAAGUUUGCCGAAAUGAUGGAGCCAGCCAGAGAUAUGAACGUGAUGCUACUUGUGCAGCUGUUGGAGAAGAAUCAGAGAUUACCUUGUCCCAGAGACAGCCCACAUGAGGUGAAGUUGUUAAUGGAGCAAUGUUGGGAUGCAGAUCCUGCUCGUCGCCCGUCAUUCAAAGAUCUCAUUGAAAAGUUUGAGGAUAUCCGAAAAACCUCUGACUGGCAAUUUAACUCAAACUUCUCCAUGUCUGAGAUCUGCUGAUGGAACUGCGUGAAGAUCAGCUUGACUACUUGUCAUCACUUUGGCAACCCUGU